ACAGGGAAGCGGAUCCCGAGGACCAGGGUUGAGAAAGGCUGUUGUUGUAGGAGGUGAAAUUGGCUAGCUAGCAAGGCGUUUCAACAGAUGCAACCUUACCUUUUUUAAGCAACUUCUCCAAUUUGUGCAAGUUCCUGUCCAGAGUGUACCUGUGAAGCUGAGCUUGUAGGCCUCCACUCUUCACUACGCCGAAACGCACAGGGCAGGGCACAGUGGUUAGAAAGCCCGAUGGUUAUUGUUGUGGUCCUUUCCGUUCCUUAAACAACGCCCAAGAAAAGAUGCAAAGGCCAGUGUCAAGCUAUGCUUUUGCCCCGUCCGUCAAAGUGAAACUGCUCAAUGCAGGGUUCCAGUCUUCUGCAGACCUGUGUGACUUGCAACCUUUUCAACUCAGCAAAGAUGCAGGCAUCUCCCAGGAGGAGGCGGUGGAAGUGCUGCAGGCUGUGAAGUGCGAGUCUGUCCAGGAGAGGGAAGCAGUUGAAAAGCUAACUGCUUUGGAGCUACUCCAGAAAGAACAGGAGUUGGGAAACAUUGUAACAUUUUGCUCUGCGCUGGAUAUGGCUUUAGGUGGAGGACUUCCUGUAGGGAAGGUCACUGAGGUGUGCGGGGCCCCUGGCAUAGGGAAGACCCAGCUCUGUAUCCAGCUAGCGGUCGAUGUGCAGAUCCCAGUGUGUUUUGGCGGUUUGGGGGGCAAGGCUGUAUUCAUUGACACAGAAGGCAGCUUCUUUGUCCAGAGAGUUGUGGACCUAGCACAAGCUGCUGUGGAGCACUGUGCACUACUGGCUGAAGACAUGGAGCAGCGGGAGGCCUUGAAAGAGUUCACCGCGGAAACGGUCCUCUCCAACCUCUUCGUCUUCCGUUGCCAUGACUACGUGGAGCUGUUGGCGGAGACGUACCUCCUGCCUGACUUCCUGGCUCGGCAUCCCGAGAUCCGGCUGGUCGUGAUAGACAGCAUCGCUUUACCGUUUCGCCAAGACUUCGACGACCUGUCCCAGAGGACACGCCUCCUCGGUGGCCUCGCCCUGCAGGCUUUCCGGAUGGCAAUCAAUCACAAUGUUGCGGUUGUUCUUACCAAUCAGAUGACAACAAAAAUCUGGAGUGGACAGGCAAAGCUCAUACCAGCUUUAGGUGAGAGCUGGGGCCACGCUGCCUCGCAGCGGCUCAUCCUACGCUGGGAGGGAACGCGCAGGCUGGCGUCCCUGUGCAAGUCCCCCAGCCAGAUGGAAGCCACAGUGCCGUACCAGAUCACUGCUGAAGGCUUUCGGGAUUUGAUGUCAUCAGACCAACCAAUGACCUUGGCUGACCCUUCUACAAGCCAAUCAGGAAGCUUCAGCAAGAGGCCCCGAAUGCAAUAUGACCAAUCAACUAAAAACGUAGGGCAUUUAGAAGUAUAGCCUGUAUUUCUAAUCUGUUUAUAUAUUCUUUGUUUGUUGAUGGAUAAGAUACUGUGAAUGUUUGCCAUCGUUGCUGAAAAUGUUUUGGAAUGUAAAUAAUUUGUGAGGUGAAUCUCAAUGUUCCAUAUUUUCUCUGUGGUUUUGAAAUCAUUUUACUCAUGUCUUUUAUAACUAGGAUGUUACCCAUUUUCUUGCUAUCCAUUUGGCAUGAUUAAAAACAACGGUUCGUUCU